AUGGCGCGGUUCCUGCAGGGCGCCAGCGCGGCGGCGACGUGGGUGGCCGGGCUGGCGCUGCUGGCGGACACCUAUCCGUCGCACGAGCUCGGCAGCGCCAUGGGCCUGGUAAUGACCGCCAUGUCCCUGGGCAUGUUGCUCGGUCCUCCGUUUGGGGGCUUCGUCUAUCAGUUGGGCGGCAUUGCGAUCCUUGACGCUGUCGUCCGUGUGCUGCUGAUCACCGAACGCACGGUCCCCGCGCACUCGAUGCCAGUGCUGGGCGAGGAAGAGGGCGACGAACCAACGCCCGACACUUAUCUGCUGCAUCAACCGUACAAAGUCCUCGGCUACUCGUCGGGAGAUGACCGAGUCUACACCGACGAGGACCUGGAGAAGCUACGAGAGCACCUGCCAGCACCGGCCAGGCGGCCGCCCACCUUUUUCGCCAUCAUGUUCAACCGCAACGUGCUGGUGACCAACGUCAUCGUCGCGCUGGGCGCCAACGCGAUCACCGUCCUCGAACCCACCCUGCCCGCCGUGUUGGAUGAAAAGUUCAACUCGUCGGCCGCCGUGAUCGGACUAGCGUUCAUGGUGAUGGCACUGGCCCAUGGGCUCUCAGCUCCCGUGUUCGGUUGGCUGUCCGACAAAAUAGGCGGACCUGUCCUGAUGCUCAUCGGGCUCUCCAGCCUAUCCAUCGCGUUGGUACUGCUGCACCAAAUAGCUGAGAUUAACACUGCGCAGACGCUGGUAUCACCGCCCAACAGCCUGUGGCUGACGCUCCUCGCCCUGUUACGUCCGCCCACUGUGGACGAGAUGGGCGGUGGCGCCUACGGCCAAGUGUACGCCAUCUUCAACUGGUUUUAUGCCUUGGGCAUGCUCGGCGGCCCCCUCAUUGGCGGUGCGCUGGUCGAUUGGCUGAGCUUUCGAGCCAUGCUUCUCGUGUUCGCCGCGUCAUGCGCCUGCUUCGUGCCCGUGGCCGGUGCGCACUGGUGGGCACUUCGAAGAAGAUGA